UUAUAUUCGUGAAACCACCUCAGUCUCGACCAGUUGCAGUUGCGAUCGAACGCGUACGUUCAAAAUGUGUAAUGUGUGUACUCGCGAUACGCCGAUACCGGCGCCCGAGAAGCCCAACAAGGCUCUCGAACGAUUAAAGAAGAAACACAACAUCAUAACCGACCCCUGCAAUGAAGAAAAGCAAAGGGAAGUCGCCUACCAACCGGACUUAUUAGCUGUUUCCACGCAGUUUUCGAAAAUUGCAUACGAUGCGUUCAAGGAGGCGAUGGUGCGAUUGCAAGAGACCAAGGCAUAUGUCAUUGCAACGAAAACGUCGCAGCCGUUCCACAUCUUGCUGGCUGCUCUGGUGGUAGCGGCGUGGCUGACUAGGCCCGGCUCUAGCGGCAGCCUGCGCGGCUGGCGAGCGCUGUAUGUGGGCGCCGUGGCUACCCACCUGGGUGCACAAAUAUGGAUGACUUUGAUCUCUGGUAUCGUGCUAUACUUCUCUCUCCCUCGCCACGAGUUCGGGCGCGUGCAGACCGUCCUGUUCCCAGUGUACUACGCCUUCAACGCCGGCGUCAGUCUGCUGGCUGUACUGGCAUACUUCCGUACGCAAUGCCUCACUCACUUUGUUAACACGUCCUGGAUACAGCUAGCACUACUGCUAGUAGUAUUCAGUAUUGAAGCGUAUGUCCGCUUCCGCUUGGUCGCGCCGAUGCUUCGCGCCAAACAUGUCAAAACUCAGAUGGAGGAGGCAGCCGGUGGUGGACAAGAGAUCGGCCGCCUUUUACUGGGCGAGUUGGCUCAUUGUCCCCGCUACCUUCGCGUCUUGAAGACUUUUAGGACAUACCACUCCUCCAUCGCCAUGGGCACCAUGAUCACUCUCGGCUGUUCCUUCUACUCGACUAUGAUCAUAGUUGACUCCAUGUGCCAGUGAACAUCGACAAAUUAAAUUUCAAAAUCCUUGUAAAAGUAUUAAGCAACUGUAUGUUAUCUGUUGCCAAUAUUAUUUAAUCUGUAAACAGUUCUAGCACUUGUCUUUUAACUCCACUUGAAUAUAUCUUAAUAAUCUGUAAAAUUGUGUUUUCUAAUGUAAUUCUAUGUAAGAAUUAUUAUUUUUGCAACUUAGACUUUCUCAAAACUAUCGAAUAAUUAUAACUUUAUUAAAUCUUCCCGCGUUUUUCUUUUCUUUAUUCCAAUCUUAAAAAUAUUUUAAGACUGUAGGAAUACGAAUUUAGUUUGAGAACGUUUAAGUGUGCAUUUAAUUAAUGCAAUGUUUUAUUAGUUCCAGCCAGGCUGUGAAGUCUGUUUAUUGAUAGUAUGAUUAUGAUUAUUAGUUAGUAGAAAUUAAUGAAUUGACUUGAAAAUUGUAUACGAAGCGCUGGUCGCUUAUUUAAUAAGAAUUAGAAAAAUUUAAAAUUUAUACAAGCAUCAUAGGAAUUGAGAUAUAACGUACCUAUAUUCACGUAAUUUUAUUCAAAUAUCUCAAAACCUAAUGAAUGCAAAUUUAAAUAAAUUUAUAAAUUAUGAAUAACUUUUAGUCUUACGGCACUUGUAUUCUUGCCAUUUAGCAAAUUUAGUGUCGUUAUAUUUAUUGGACGCAGCCUAUAUCAGUUGCUUGAUUAAAAGCCGUAUGUAUGUCCUAUGAACUUUUACACUGCCACAAAAUAGAAUUAAUUUAGUAAAAAAUAUGUAAAAUAUAAGUUUCAACAACAAUCAACUUGAGAAGCUCCUUCUUUUUGAAGUCGAUUAAAAAGGUAACACACACGCAAGGUUUCUGAUUCUGAUUGUCAACUAUGUUAUAAUUUAAAAUAAUUCAACUUUCUCUUUUUAACCAAUAUAAAUACCAUAAGGCGACUACGUUUCUGUGAUAUGACGAUGAAAAAUUAUUUGGACAAUAGGAACUAAUAUUCAUAGUACUACUAUAUAGAUCUUAUAAAUGGAAACAGGAAUGUUGUAGUAAAUUAUUCUUACACUAACAGUUAUUGUAGUGUGUGGUAGAGAAUUUUUUCAACAUCUAGUCAGGAAUAAUCGUGUGUGAUCGUAAAAUUGCAGUAUUACUAUUGCUUUUAAUGAAAUCUGCUGUACACGUUCUGUGCAUUGUUCUAAUAAGUAUAUAGUCUAUGGCAAAAUGGCGGAUUUUAAUGAAUUUGGUAGGUUGAAUGAAUAAAUUUCCAAAAAUCUAUUUUUUUAAUCAAAAGUUUCUUACCAUGUUUAAACAUUUAUGUUUGUUCAUAAGCUAACAAUUAUUACACAAGUUUUCUGUGAAUAUGAAAUAAAAAAUUCAUUGGUUUUACUUUUCUGCCAUUUGUCAAAUAUUUUACAAACACACGAUCAAGCAGCUUGAGCCAUAGCUCGGAUUCGUUAUUAAUAUAAUUUUCUAUAUAGACUAGAUUUAGGUACAACCGUUAAGUGUGUGUAACUUGUGUAUAACAUUAAUCUAUUUAAAUAGAUUUAAC